AGUUAAAGAAGUUAAAGAAGAAGAGAAGAUUUGUGAAAGCGAAUGGUGAAAUCUUCGAAUCGAAACUGAAAAUAUUCUCUUCCUGAAAUCUCCGCUCUAGCCUUCAAAUUACUUUAACAUUCAUACCUAUUCCUACUCCGAUCUCUCUCUCAAAUGGCAAUGUCAUUUGGGUCUUGACGAAUUCCUUUAAUUUCCAGCUCCUUUCCGAGAUCCAAGCUCUGUGGAAGGAAGAAAGAACACAAUGGCCAGUUCCUAUGGCUUCGGUUAUUUUUUUGCAUUGCAGUCAUGGCAGAUGAUAAUGCUCGCCCUGUUACUUAUGGUUGGAUCUUUCUAUUUUGGCACUCUUUUUGGCGACAAUGUUCCUAUUUACGUUUCUCACCUUCCUUCCAAUUCCACUUCUUCAUCAUUACUUGGAAAUUCCACAAUUCCAAACCAAGUUUCAAUCACUUACAGGAAGGUACCACUUUCGAUUCCAGAAAAUGGUGUGGAUGUAUGUCCUUUAAAAUACACCGAGUAUAUUCCUUGCCACGAUAUUUCUUACAUAAAAGAAUUGAUUCCAACAUUGGAUCUUUCAAGAAAAGAAGAGCUCGAGAGGCACUGCCCUCCACUUGAUAACCGCUUGUUUUGUUUGGUACCUCCACCCGAAGACUACAAGAUCCCAGUAAAGUGGCCAACCAGUCGGGAUUAUGUGUGGCGAAGUAAUGUGAAUCACACACGCCUUGCUGAAGUUAAAGGAGGACAAAAUUGGGUCCAUGAGAAGGACCAACUAUGGUGGUUUCCUGGAGGUGGUACUCACUUCAAACAUGGGGCUCCUGAGUACAUCCAAAGAUUAGGAAACAUGACUACAAAUGAUACAGGCACUCUGAGCUCUGCUGGAGUAUAUCAGGUUUUAGAUGUUGGUUGUGGCGUUGCUAGUUUCUCAGCUUAUCUUCUUUCAUUGGGCAUUCAAACGAUGUCCUUUGCUCCCAAGGACGGGCAUGAGAAUCAGAUUCAAUUUGCGCUAGAGAGAGGUAUUGGUGCAAUGAUUUCUGCCUUGGCAACAAAACAGCUGCCGUAUCCCACAAGUUCCUUUGAGAUGGUCCACUGCUCUAGGUGUCGUGUUGAUUGGCAUGAAAAUGAUGGUAUUUUACUCAAAGAAGUUGAUCGGCUUCUGCGGCCGAAUGGAUAUUUUGUCUAUUCAGCACCCCCUGCCUAUAGAAAAGAUAAAGAAUACCCAAUGAUAUGGGAGAAACUGGUGAAUCUGACUACAGCAAUGUGCUGGAAGCUUAUUGCCAGAAAGGUUCAGACUGCAAUCUGGAUCAAACAGGAAAAUCCGGCAUGCCUCAUCAUCAAUGCAGAGAAUAAGGCUGUGGAAAUAUGUGAUGCUGUGGAUGAUUUUCAACCAUCAUGGAAAAUACCUUUAAGAAACUGUAUUCAAGUAGCCGAUCAGUCAUAUGCUCAGAAGUUACCUCCGAGACCAGAGCGCCUUUCAGUAUAUUCGAGGAGUCUCAGGAAAAUAGGUGUUAGUCAAGAGGAAUUUGAUUUGGAUACCGUAUAUUGGAAAGAUCAAGUUAACCAGUACUGGAAACUGAUGAAUGUCAGUGAAACGGGUAUUCGAAAUGUCAUGGACAUGAAUGCUGGCUAUGGUGGAUUUGCAGUGGCAUUGAACAACUUUCCAGUCUGGGUUAUGAAUGUAGUUCCUAUAAAGAUGAAAAACACGCUCUCUGCUAUAUAUGACCGGGGCCUGGUUGGUGUCUUUCAUGAUUGGUGUGAACCAUUUUCAACUUAUCCGCGCACAUACGAUUUGUUGCAUGCAUACCAUCUAUUUUCUCAGUAUAAAAGUGGUGGAGAAGGUUGCUUGCUGGAGGAUAUAAUGUUGGAAAUGGACCGCAUUGUACGACCUCAGGGAUACAUAAUCAUCAGAGACGAACCUUCGAUAACAUCAAGAAUACAAGAAAUUGCUUCCAAAUAUCUAUGGGAUGUUGAAAUGCAGACACUGCAAACGAAAGAUAAUAACCCAGAAUCGGUGCUGAUCUGUAGAAAGAAGUUUUGGGCAAUUACCUAAAUUCUUGGUUGUUGUACAGAUGUUCUCUUCAACAGGACUUGAGGAUCAAUAUGCUACGUUUCAUAAAGAAGACUGUCCAAGAGAAGGCUGAAUGAAUGGGAGUUUUGGCUAAUUUUUGAGCUUCCCUCCAAGUAAACGAGGCUACACCUCUCAAAUGGAUUGUCCAGAGAAAGUUUAAGUGACAUAACUGCAUGCCCUUUCCAUGUUACUAUAUUUAGAACUAUGUCAAAAUUAGAAUAUUUACUCAAGUGUUUGAUGUGUAGUUGAGUAAAGUAGAGAUUUAUAAACCCAUUUUUAAGAUCCACUUUAUUUUUACUUAUUUAUUUAUUCAUUCUCGAGAAUAUAUUUGUAUUUAAUUUGUUACUCGAGAGAUUUGUACCAUAUGAUUGGGAAAAAACGAAUGUGUAACUCACAUAUACGACGUGUUAGCCAGCAAAAGAUUUAUAAUUUGAAUUUA